AUGCGCUCGUUCAUACCCCCGCUGGUAGUUCUUCUACCUUCUUUGAUAUCUGCACAGGAUCACCUCGCUGUCCUGGGUGCAGAUGGAGUCUCGGUAGGUUACCACGCCAACUCUUCGGUUCUUGCGGUUGCCCCAGUUGGUCUCCAGAAGACACAAACUGGAGUAAGUCAAGCGUCUCAAAGUCCGUCCUUACACUCGCAACUCAUCGAGGCUCACCCUACUAUCUCGUAUUCGCCAUCAAGCUGGUCAGAACCUGUCGUUCAGCAGCCUACGGAAAGCCCAUCUGGUAGCAUACCACCCAGCCAACCCGCUUCACAGCAUUGGGCUCCUGCUCAACCUUCUGCUCCUGUUCAAUCGUGGGCUCCUGCUCAAGCUCCGGCAGCCAUCCAAUCUCCAGCCCCCAUCCAAUCUGAUGUUGCCUCUGCCGUUGGACAGCCUGCUGAAUGGCAAACCUAUGGAGAAGACGAACCAGCACCCGAUGCCGCACACUCGAUGGGCUUCUGGGUUCUCAACAGAAACGCCGCAACACAUCACAUCAGUACAGACUGGGCGGAAACUGACGUUCAACAAUACGGCUCCCAUGAAUACCUCCAGUUCUCCACGGCCACAGUCGGACCUGGUGAGAACUUGUGGAUCCCCACACUGCCUAAUGUGAGCCCAAAGUUGUUUAUCGGUGUCUCUCCGAAUAACAAAACUGCCGAAGUUGGCGACCACCGAAACCAUGACACUCUCGUUGAGGCGACCUUCAAGGGGGGCUAUGACCACCUCUACUAUGAUAUCGAUAUCGAGCGUGGCUUCUCCUCGCCAGUCUGGUGCCAUGGACAGGGCGAUGCAUGGGAAGUUGGUCAAGGCUGCGUUGCAGAUUUGCUUUCCAUGUGCCCUGANAAAGACCAACAUCGACACCCAGUGACUGGUGUGUACGAUCAAUGUCGAGGAGCCGACGACAACAUCGCCUUUCGUCGUCAUUACUGUCCCAGAUCAUACGUCGUAUGGGACGAUGACUAUGCCACUGUCACUCCAAGCCACGGAAAGGACGGUCAACCCAUGACAGACGUGCUCAUCUGUACUAUCGUCGCCACACCCUCGACCAGCAACAUUCAGGCCGCUCAGAUCGCCGAAGCCGAGAGAAAGGAGGCAGCAGGUAUCAGUCCAACCGCUGUCCUGCCUAGACGUGCCCUGCCUCGAGGCCACACCAAGAACAAGCGACUUUCUGGACACGCUUAG